AGCUUUAAAAGAAAAAAAAGGUUUUAAUAGCAGAAAAUAAAGCUGCGAAAUAGUUUCGUCAGUUAAGAAGCAGAGAGUGAGAGUAAUUGAAUCCGAUGACAACCGUCUCCGGCGCCGUCGUUCCACCGUUCGUAUCUCCUCCUCCUCCGCUUCGUCUCCCAUUCUCUCGUCAUCAUCAUCUCAGUCUAACCAAGAUUCCUAGAACCGGCUUACGUAGGAGGAAACAUCUUGGUGUUGCUUUAGCGGCGGUUACAGCUUCAGAAUCGCCAUCAGAAGCCACGUAUGAUCCGGAGCUCCGUUUGGUUUUCGAGCUCGCAACAGAUUCUGAGCUAUACGAGCUUGAGAGUAUCCUCUUUGGUCCCAGUUACUUUAGUCCUUUGUUGAAAUCAAUCCCUAACAAAGGAGGAGGAGGAGGUGAACGGCUUAUGAUAGGGGAAGAUAUUGAGGUUCGAGAUGGUUUUAUCCAAUCUCUUGAGUCAAGAUUCUUGUUUCUCGCUGCAGAUGCUCGCUACACUCUCAGGGGUUGGAGGCCUUCAUAUAGAAACGUUUUACUUGCGGUGAGGAAUAAGUUGAGUAUUCCCUGUUCCAGUCACUUGCCGACGGAGGAUCUCGAAGCUGAGAUUUUUCUUUAUCUUGUUGACAAUUUUUCAAGUGAAGCUUCAGGGGUUUUCCCUGGAUUGUGGGAUAGUUCUCAAGCAUCAGAGGUACAGGGAAGCUUAGAAGUCGGGCUCAGUAAAUGGAAAGUUGAACUACUUGCUGCACUAGAAGUUGGUGCUUCCGAGGUCCAAUCUAUGAUUCUCAAGGGUGGUGGGAUGAUCACAUUUGCCAAGAUUUAUCAGUUGUUGGCUAAGAAACUAUCGGGAAAAGUAAUCCUUGAAGCUGCCAACUACCAGAUAAGGAGAGAGAUGCUAAAAAAGGGUGGACAGUUAGCUGCCAUUAACUUGGAAUCUCGAGCAGCUCUGCUUGCAGCAAAGCAUGGGUUCGUAGGAGCUGCAUCCAGAUACCUUGGCUUAAAAACAGUGAUGCAACUAGUCGGCCCAAUGAUGUGGGGGACGUUACUGGCUGAUUUGGUUAUUCAGAUGCUUGAAACUGACUACGCUAGAAUCUUACGAGCAAUUUAUGCGUUUGCUCAGAUUCGGAUCACCAGGACAUACAGGCUACCUUGUAAAUGAAGUAACAGUUCUUUUCUCGAGACUCUCAGUCUUCACUGUCUCUACGUAUUAUGUCGGUAACAAUGUUUUAUACUAUAUAACUCGUUCGUAUUAUGAACUGACAUAGCUAAUAUUUGUAAGGAAAUUAAGUUUAGAGUCAGUUCAGACGGUAAGAAUAAACGCUAAUGAUAUUUUGACUAUUUCCAUGAUUGAUAUUAAC